AUGAGCUCGACGCUAACGCCAGCCCAUGCGGGCCAACUUCUCAGGGCGAACCCCAACACGAUCAAGAACAAGUUUAUGGUCGGAUAUCAGGGAUGGUUCACCUGUGCAGGAGACGGCGAACCCAUAGGCAAAGGCCACCACGGCUGGCUGCAUUGGCUUGACCGUCCGCUUGAACACGGCGGGCGUCCGUCCAUCGAUCUCUGGCCAGAUGUCUCUGACUGCGCGCCCUCGGAGCUCUACCCCGUCCCUGGCCUCAAGCUCGCAGACGGCAGCCAGGCGUACCUGUGGUCGUCGCGGAAUCCCAAGACGGUGCAGCGACACUUCCACUACAUGGCCCAGCACGGUAUCGACGGCGUCUUCCUCCAGCGCUUCCUCAACCAGGUCGACACGACGCGCCAGCCGCCAGGAAUCAAGCGCCUGCGCGACGAGGUGGGCCGCGUCGUGCGCGAUGCGGCCGAGAAAGAAGGGCGCACCUUCUCGAUCAUGUACGACGUGUCGGGUGUCCCACCCGAGCGCCUGCUCGACCUCAUAACAGAGGACUGGAACUUCCUCGUCCGGACCGAAUGCAUCCUCGACUCACCCAACUACCUGCGCGAGGGAGGGAGACCCGUUAUCGGGCUCUGGGGCUUCGGCCUGAUCAACCGCCCCAACACCCCCGCCCUCGCACGCGCCGUCAUGGCCCACCUGCGCUCCGCAACACCCGGCGGCGCGUACCUGAUGAUGGGCGUCGCGACGCGGUGGCGCCUGUCCGAGGGCGACGCGCAGGCGGAUCCCGAGUGGCUGCGCAUUUUCGCCGAGGAGGCGGACGGCAUCAGCCCGUGGCUCGUCGGCCGCAUGCGGGACGAGGCGAGCGCGGAGAAUCAUUGGGCGACGUUUGGGAAGGCCGAUUUGGAGUUUUUGAAGGGCAGGGAGAGAGAGGCGGGGAGGAAGGUGGAUUAUUGGGGGGCGGUGUUGCCUGGGGGGAGUGCACAUAACCUCUCCAAGGGCAGAGAACAAGUCAACCAGCGCAAACGCAACGGUGGGCGCUACUUGUGGGCGCAGGUUGCAGGGAUGCGGCGUGCUGGAGUAGAGCUCUUCUACGGCACCAUGUGGGACGAAUACGACGAAGGCACGAACUUCCUCCCCAUUGUCUCGCACUCCUCGCAGCUUCCAGUGCACGACGAGUUCCCGUUCGCGGCUGGCGACGCGGAUGGCGAGACACUCCCGGGUGACUGGUACAUGCGCUGCGCGGGCCUCGCGGGCGAGCUGCUCCGUGGAGAGCGGGAGCUGGGCGAUGGCAAGUUUCCGAUGAAGGAUCUGAUUGACUAUUGGUCGAGUAGGCCGAGGUAUGAGGAGAAAGCUGGGUGGUCUGGUGACGGGGAUGAGGGUGGUGCUGCUGGCGAGGCUAGUGGAAGCGGAAGUGGAAAUAAAGAUGGAGGCAGCGGUGCAUCGGCGCACGAUUGGCAGAGCUUCAAGCUGCCUGGAGAGGGCGCGGGCGAAGAAGACGCGCCUCCGCCUUACAUCGAGUACGAGGACCCGGACGCUUCAACGCCCGCCGCGUCUGCCACCCCGCCCGCAUCGGCCGCCCCUCCCCUCCCGCCUCGCCAGCCUUCAAUCCCCGGACGCCAAUCGCGCCCCGCACCGCCCGUGCACCAUACAUCGCGCCCUCCAUCCGUCUCCGUCUCACCGCCACCGCCUAAUGUUGGCACCCGGCUCGGCCCGACGAUCGUAGACCCCAGAGACGAGGACAACGCACCGCUCGCGGAGCUCAGCGCACAGUUCGCGCGCCAGCGCGUGUCUAGCUUCGGCGGGAGCGGGAGCGCUGCCCGCCCCGGCUCUUUGAAUUACGGCAGCUCAGAGAAAAUGUCGAUGCCGAUGCCGGCGGUGCAGUUGAGCCCCAGUCCGUCGCUUUCUUCGAGGCCUGGGACCGGCGGCAGCGGUACGUGCCCCAAUCCACAGGUAGCGGGACCAGCGGCGCUGGGACGCGCGCAUUCCGCGUCGGCGUCGUAUGCAGGUCCGGGUGGAAGCGGUGGUGGGUUCCAUAUGCCCGGUGGUUCCGGACAACCUCCCCACGUCGCGCAGGGAUCGCGCCCGUCGCUGUCUCCCGCUCAGGCGUCGGGACCGCUGCCGGCGCCGGGGUCGCCGCACCAUCAUCAUCAUCACCAUUCGCACUCUCACUCGCAUUCGCACUCGCCAUCGCGUUCACAUCCCAGCUCGCCGUACAUGGGUCCGGCUCAGGGCGCACAGGCGCCUCCGCUUGCACCCCGCCCCUCGGGCUCGCCACAGCCGCAGCCGCAGAGUCCAUAUCAGCCGUACCAGCCUCCUUUUGGACCGCCUUCAGGCCCGCAAGGCCCCCAUUCACCGCACGCGACGUGCGACGCCGCCGCGGGCCCACCAUUCGCGCCUCCGCCUGGCUCGCCGCAUGGGCAUCAUCACGCGGUGCACCACCAGAGCUCGCUUGACGGGUCGUUUGCUCCUCCGUCUGGGCCUCCUCCUGGGCCUCCGUCUGGGCACCAUGACCACUCGGGUGCGCAUCACCAGGGAUCGCAUGAUGGGUCGUGGUAUCAGCCUGCGCCACAGCAACAGCCACAGCAACAUCAGCAACAUCAGCAACAGCCUAGUCAAUAUCCGCAUCAGCAGUACCACUCGCCUCCGCAUAGUCCGCCUGUGCAAGGGCCUCCAGGAGGAGGGGGAUGGGGUGCGUAUCCCGGUGGUGGGGUCCCGCAGCAGGCGCCGUGGCAGCAGCAGCAGCAACAGCCGCACGGGUAUCAACCACAGUACGGGCCGCCGCCGAAUGUGCCUCCCCGUGCAGAUGCGUAUUAUCCGCCCCAGCAGCAGCAACAGCAGCAGAACUGGGGUCGUCCGCCGGCUCACCCACAGAGCUCGGGGUCGUACCAGCAGUAUCAGUAUCAGCAGCAGCAGCAGCCACAAUAUCAAGGGCCACAUGGGAAUCAAGGGCAGGGGAACUCGCUCGUGGAUGCGCUACCGCAGGAGCUGAAGGGGCUUGCGAACUCUGCGUCGAAGUUGCUGAGCAAGUUUAAGUGAUGGGAUCUUUGAAAGAGUGUGGUCGAUUUUCGGUGUUUUGCGUGAAGCUUGGAUAGACUAUUGGACGUCUCUUCGCGAAAGCGGAUACCACAUGUGCCACGUCGGACAGACUCUUGGAUUGUUUCUAGUUCUGUUUCUUUGACAUUGUAACAGAAACACAUGGAUCGGUUCGGAUUUUGAGUCCAUGAUAUAUUUUGGACUAUUACAAGUGCAAUCGAACCGCAGACUCAAAGACAUGACAGAAUCUCGUCGUAGUUACUGUACGUUCCCUUUCUGUCCGUAUUCCACGAAGCCUCAAAGUACCGAACGAGAAUGGAUAGUGCUGCUUCAUC